AUGCUCAGCGCUGAUUGGGACGCCGAAAUGGCGGCCGGCGGAAAGCCACUGGUUAUUCUCAAGAAACACACCGCAGCGGCCAACAGUAUGCUUAAAGCCUACAAAGACGUGAAGAUGGCGCACAUUGAAGCCAUCGCUCCUACUGCCACUGCACCAAAUGAAGUCGAAAAACAGACGAUGUCACUCGGGCAACAUGACUGCACCGACCGAACCACUGGCGAUGAGAACCUGGAAGCGAACGAAGUUGUCGCACCCAGCGGCCGACGUUUCUUCCGUGCCAAACGUACCGACUGGGCCAAAGGCGAUGAGACGGAGGAGCGCAGCGGCGCAGAAAAUGUCGCAGGGGUGCGGUUGUACAAAGGCUCUCAGAAGCUGAAGGCUUUGCAAGAGGCGGCGGAGAGUGCUAAGAUUGAGGCUUCAGCUCAGGGAGAUGCUCGUGGGGAAGACGAUGCUCGGACGGUCGAGGAGAGCGACGACCUGAUGACAGAUUCUGACCCGGAGAACAGAGGUAUGACUGGCGCUUCCUGA